AUGGCGGAACAGAAAGAGCAGGGGGCCAACCUCUCUCCCAUUUCCUCAGGUCCCAGAAACCUGCCCUCCCCAUCCACGGUAGCGGGCCGCGGAGAGGACGCCGGCCCCCCAGUCACUACUGGCCGCGGAGUCACGCAGAGAGGCUGCGAGGGAGGAGGGGGUAGUCCUUGGAGACCCCGAUCGUGGAGUUCUCCCUCGCCGCCAACUCCGAGCCGCAGCGCCGGGCUUCCCACACCCCCAGUCCCCAGCCUGCUCCGCUUUGGAAAGUUUCUGCGAGCGAGCGAAGUAGAAGCGGUGUCCUCCGCGCCCCGGUUCGCCACCCCUGGGCCUCAACCCUCGCCCACUCCCCACCAGCCCGACCCCACUCUUCCCGGCGGCCGAGGGGAGGGCGGAGCGAGCAGGCUGCAGCCCUUACCUGGGACGCGUCGCCGGCCCAGCUCCGGCGCGGCGUCCGGGGCCAAGUCCAGGCGGGGCGCGAGCGGGGCGAGGGUGGGCCGGCGCCUGCAUCACCGUGACAUCACCUCCAUUGAGGAGCUUAUCGGGCGCCCGCGGCGCUCCAGCCCGGCCGGCCCUCCCCCCACCCAUCCCCGACUCACCUCCAGGCUGCGACUAGACGCACUUUCCGGCAGGGGAGGGAGAUCGGAGUUUCUGGCCAGGCCGGCUUGUGGGCUGCUGCUGUUUACUGCCACGCCCCCGCACGCGGGCGCGCGCACACUCACGCGCACUUACUUUCGGGACUCGGUUUUCUCUCCGGAAAGCGGUUUGGGGUGCAGCCCAACACAAUUCGCGGGCGGGCUCUCCCUCUCCGCGAGUCCCAGCGCGCGCGCACACAAACACGCGCGGGGGCCACCUUGGUGCGUCUCUCUGGGGCGGACACCUAGUCUUUGUCACCUUCGUCCUGGCUCUCCCGUGAGACACACGCGGGGCACAGUUCGCCGCUCCGGACUAGAGCGAGGCGCACACUCAGAUACAAAGUCUGUCUUUGUCGCGCCUUCUGCCCUCCCCGAGCUUGCACACGUGGACACACCACACACCGAGCGUCCACCUCUUGCACGCGCGAUCCUUCCCCGGCACCCGGCUCACCAAGUGUGCGUGGGAACGCCACCCCGCGCGCCCCUAACGCCGUGGGCCGGGCCCAGAACCACUCGGGACCGUGGGCAGAAGUCGCCCUGGGUCCGACUACCCGGCGCCUGGGUUUCCUGCGAUCGCCGGGACACGCUCCUAGGACUGCCGGCUUGGAGCAGCCUGAUACCACCUGGCAUUUUGAGAGGACCCAGGUACCACGGUGGCCCCUUAAGAAGCAGGAAGCCAGGGGCCAGGGAGCAGCCCUGUUCUCCUGGUGGCCGCCAGCCCGCUGUGAUCACGUCCUCUCUGUGCCCACCUUCAGGACGGCUCUGCCCUUCAUCAGCCUCGCCAGCCACCAGCCUAGAUGACCCAAAGCCUUCAAAAGACACGAGAUUACAUGAAACCACGGAUCUGAGAACCCUUGGCUGGAGUGACCAGUGAUUUGGGACCGUCCGGUCCCAGGCUCGUCUUCCUCCGCUGCCAGUCUGUGUAGGGAGAAAGCAACUCACAAAAAUGGAAACAAGCUUGUCCUUAGGCUUUCCCAAACGUCAGCGCACAGCUUCAGGGUCCGUUGUUGUGUUUGUUUAAAAAGCAGAUUUCUCGGUUCCAUUCUGGGCUAUGGAAUUUGAGUCUCUAGCCAAGAAGAAGCCUAAGUGGCUGUCUGUAAAAAUCCCCUCUCCCCACUGCCAAAUAUGAUUAAUGAUGCACACUGCCCUUGAGAACCAAGGUCAAACCAAGAAUCGUUCAAGUCACCUAUGAGGAGAGGAAGGUGGAAAAACACAACUGGCGCGGAUGGCCCGUGAAGGAUUCUGUGUCGUCACAGCCAGGUGGGCAGCUUCCCUGCUUUUUGGGGAAUGAGGGCCAUUGGAGGAUGAGCGUGUUGGGGGAACCACUGACCGAAGCCACCUGCCCUGACCAGGCAAGAUAGUAAUCACUUGCAUGAGUUAUCUUAUAACAGGAGGUCCUGGUAAGGAACAUGGAACUAACAAGCUACCACCAACUGGAAGGAUUUGGGAAAGGUCAAAAGGAGAGAGCAGACGCCAGUGCAUAUGUCCUACCAACCUCCCAGAAUCCUUCUCGCUGUAAUUCAUCUUGGCCGAGCCAUGCGCGAGCCACCAGGAAGGACCCUGCGUCAGAGUGAUUGGCCAGAGCCAACCGGGAGACUAACCCCAUCACCAUAAAACCUGAGACUGCGAGCCACGUGGCAGAGCAGUUCUCCCGGGUUCCCUUACCCCGCUGGCUCUCCACCCGGGCGCCCUUUCCCAUUAAAGUCUCUUGCUUUGGGCUUCCCUGGUGGUGCAGUGGUUAAGAAUCUGCCUGCCAGUGUAGGGGACAUGGGUUUGAUCCCUGGUCCGGGAAGAUCCCACAUGCCACGGAGCAAUUAAGCGCGUGCACCACAACUACGGAGCCUGUGCUGUAGAGCCCGUGAGCCACAACUACUGAGCCCGCAUGCCACAACUACUGAGCCUGCAUGCCACAACUACUGAAGCCCGCACGCCACAACUACUGAAGCCCGCACGCCUAGAGCCCAGGCUCCGCAGCAAGAGAAGCCACCGCAAUGAGAAGCCCGCACACUGCAACAAAGAGUAGCCCCCGCUCGCCGCAACUAAAGAAAGCCCGCUCGCAGCAAUGAAGACCCAACACAGCCAAAAAUAAAUAAAUAAAAUAAAUAAAUUUAUUUUAAAAAAUAGAUUAAAAAAAAAGUCUCUUGCUUUGUCAGCACGUGUGUCUCCUCGGACAAUUCAUUUCCAAGUGUUAGACAAGAGCCCACUCUCGAGCCCUGGAAGGGGUCCCCCUUCCUGCAACAUAAGGGUGGAGCCAGGGUGGGAAGCACAGAACAGACCCACAAGGGAUGCGUUCCAGGAAAUGAGAGCCUUGCAGUUUUCUGUUCCUUCGCACAUCCACUCUUUGGCCCUCCUGUGUUGGAGGCAUGACUAAGGAUCAGGAAGUCACUAUUAGGCUUCUCUUCCUUUGUCUUUAUUAAUUUGGCUGCCAAAUAUUUUCCAGUCUGGUCUGAAAUCAUCCCAGUUAGGGCAUGGUUCCUCGGAGUUCAAGUCUCAUCAUAACCUAGAGCUUAUUAUCAAGACUAUAGAUUUUCUAUAGCACAGGGAACUCUGCUCAAUAUUCUGUAAUAACCUAAAUGGGAAAAGAAUUUGGAAAAGAAUAGAUACAUGUAUAUGUAUAACUGAAUCACUUUGCUGUACACCUGAAACUAACACAAGAUUGUUAAUCAACU